AUGAGCCACGUGCCAUGCCUGCCCCCCAGCCCAGCCCCCAGGGAGAUGCAGCCCCCCAGGAUGGGGGGCAGGAAGCGCGGGCGGCCCCCGCUCCAACCCGCGCCCAUCAAGGUGCCCGUUCACAACCUCUACUCUGCACCAGCCUUGCCAGUCAUGAAGAUCCCAAAGAAGAGAGGGAGAAAACCUGGGUAUAAGCUGAAGUCUCGUGUCCUGAUGCCUCCCUUGGCGACCUCUCCGCCGCGAAGCACCCCGGAGCCAGAUAUCAGUUCGAUCCCCCAGGAUGCAGCUACAAUCCCCAACUCGGCCACGCCACAGGCUCUCACAGUCUGCAUUUACGUCAACAAACAAGCGCACCCGGGGCCUUACCUGGACAGAAGGAAGGUGCAGCAGCUCCCGGCGCAGUUCGGGCCCGAGCGGCCGGCGGCUGCCCUGCAGCAGGCUGUGCAGGCCUGCCUCGACUGCGCCCUGCAGCAGAAAGCCGUCUUCUCCCUCCUCCAGCAGGGCUACGGAGGCGAGACCGUGCCAGUUUCAGCAUCUUUUGAGGGGAAGCAGCAUCUCCUGAACCUGCUGGCAGUGAACAGCAUCGGGUAUGUCCUGCGCUUCCUGAAGAAGCUCUGUCGCAGCCUCUUGUGUGACAACCUCUUCAGCAACCAGCCCCUGCCACAGCACAGCGCCGUGCCUGAGGGCCCAGAGGAGUGUGGAAACAGGAAGAUGGAGGCAGAAACAGCCACACCUGAGGACUACCUGGUUGAUCCCAGCAACGCAAAGCGGUUCAACCUGGAUCCUGCUGAUCCUGCCUCUGGUUGCACAGGCUCCACCUACACCCCCCGGCAGAGUCCUGCAGAUGGUUGUUCUCCUGGAGGCUCCUCUUCCUCCUGCAGCCAUCGUCCUGCCCAGGCAUCUUCAGGGGGGUCCUCAUCUACUGGCCUGAGGCAUCAGACCUCCAGCCCAACGAUAAACGGGAGCUAUCUGGAAGGAAACAGAAGUGCCUCAAGUCCUUCAUCAGAACAAGAAGAUGCAGCUCGGCCGUCGAGCAAGAAUCCUUUGACCUGGACGGUGGAGGACGUGGUGUGGUUUGUGAAAGAUGCAGACCCUCAUGCUUUAGGGCCCCACGUGGAGCUCUUCAGAAAACACGAGAUCGAUGGCAAUGCUUUGCUGCUGCUAAAAAGUGACAUGAUCAUGAAAUACCUGGGGCUGAAACUGGGACCUGCACUGAAACUCUGUUACCACAUUGAUAAGCUCAAGCAAGCCAAGUUUUGA